CUCCUACUGAAAGAACAAACACCAAACUACCUGAAAAUCAACUGCUGGUCAUAUUGACUCUUACUGAAAGAACAAACACCAAAUCUGAAUCAACUGCUGGGGUGACGUACGACAUCGUAACGGCAAGUCAUCCGUCAAGGGCCUGAACCGUCCAGAUGAUCAACUCAAACUUUCCUGUGGCAGCAGAGAAUGUAAUGCUUCCUUCGCUAGGGUUGGAACUCCAGAGUAGAGGACGGCACAGGAUGAAGCCUGGUGCACUUCUCUCUUGCCAAGAGUCUGAAGGCUCAAUCUCUGCAUCCUUCACCCAUAUUAAAUUCCUGGUCUCUGAAGUGUUGUUAUCAUAGACGACAUCAGGGCUCCACUGGUUUGACCUUAGGCCCAAAGGAGCAUUCCUUUCAUAGUUAUUUAGAGGUACCCACCACCACCAGGUCAAGCUUGAACCGGUCCAUUGCGUUAUGUCCAACAAAGUUCAAGGAAAGAACCAGAUGAACUGCUACCUGCCCCUGUGAGAGCAGGUUCCAACGCCAUCUUCUAACCCCGUCGGUUAUGCAGGCAGUUUGAUCUCCAAAAAAGAAAGUUAUGCGGGCAGCACGCCAUCGAGCACUCAGCUCGGGCCAUGGAGGAGACCUCUCUGCCUCCAACCAUGAGUUUCAGACAGAUCCGGUCUUCUACAGGGCAUCCACCUAUACACCUCCUUCCAGUGUGCCUGAGGAGAAGGCCAGGAGCAGGAAAUCAUUCUGGGAAGAAGCUGCUACGACAAUUGCCGGAGCAUGCACAAACUGCCUCGCUCCUCGCCAAUCUGAAAUUAGGGAGGGCCAUGUCAAAUCCUCGGAAGAUGCUCAUGAUGUGUCCACUAGUUCCAUCUCGAGAAUUUCAUCAGUAAGCAGCACAAGCACUAGUCAAACCAAGUCAUGGCAAGACCAGUUCUCAUUUCAGGAAGUUUGCCUGGCUACUUCAAACUUCAGUGAACAGAACAAAAUUGGGAAAGGAAAUUUUGGCACUGUGUACAAGGCGAAGCUCAGGGAUGGAUCCAUAAUAGCCGUAAAGAGAGCUAAGAAGAAUAUGUUUGACAGGCACCUAUCUGCAGAGUUCAGGAGUGAAAUCCAGAUAUUGUCUAAGGUAGAACAUUUAAACUUAGUGAAGUUUCUCGGACACCUGGAGCAUCAGGAUGAGCGCUUGAUUCUGGUUGAGUAUAUCAGCAACGGAACACUACGUGAACACUUGGAUGGAUCAAGAGGGGAACCAUUGGAAUUUUCACAGCGUCUCAACAUUGCCAUCGACAUAGCUCAUGCUGUUGCUUACUUACAUGGAUACACAGACAACCCAAUCAUCCACCGUGAUAUCAAGUCGUCCAACAUUCUCCUAACAGAUCAGCUGAGAGCAAAGGUGUCCGAUUUCGGCUUUGCGCGCCUAGCCCCAUACGACACCGAAGCAACUCACAUAUCAACAAUGGUGAAGGGCACGGUAGGGUACGUCGACCCCGACUACCUGAACACGAACCACCUCACUGAACGCAGCGACGUCUACUCCUUCGGCGUCCUCCUCGUCGAGCUCAUCACCGGCCGACGACCCGUAGAGCGCAACCGUGGCCGGCAGCAACGCCUCAGCACCGAAUGGGCGCUGCGGAAGUGCAGGGAGGGCGACGUGGUGGUGGUGAUGGACCCCCGGAUGCGCAGGACCAGCGCGGCGGUCGCGGCCGUGGAGAGGGUGAUGGCGCUGGCGGCCGAGUGCGCGGCCCCGGAGCGCGCGGCGCGGCCGGCCAUGCGGCGGUGCGCCGAGGUGCUCUGGUCCGUCAGGCGCGACUUCCAGCAGGAGCAGCAGCGCGCCGCGGGCGCAGUAGCGGGAGCGGGGGCAGGAACGAGGCGGCGAGAUGGCUCCACCGCCACGUACGGGUCGUCGUGUAUGGAACAGUAGGAAAAACCGGGAUGUUUGUCACUUUGUCUACGCGGCUAUGAACAUGAUUUGAGUUUUUUAUUUUUGGGUUUUAUCACUUUUGCCACGCUACUCAAUUUUGUCAUUAGAAGUUUCAACUACUAAAAAAUGUAAUCCUUCUGUUAAGUAUAUGCUAAAAAAUGUCACUCGACACCGUUAUAAUUUGAUCAAGGUCAUUGAGGUCAUUGACCGUCGUGAAAUGACCAAAAUAAAUCUGAACCUUACUUGUCUGUGCUCCCCUAUAACAUGUGGGUCCUAAUUGUCAUCACAUCGAGAACUAAACUACAAGAAAAAAUAAUGACACGUGGAGAUUCGAUCACUCACGUGUGAAGCUAUUUUUGCUUCUAAUUUCAUUCUUCAUAUAUUGAAACUAUGGCCUACAGUUACAAAGAGUUGUAGGGGGGACGCUGAUAAGUGGGGUCUAGGGGUAUUUUAAUCACUUCACUCUGAUCAAUGGUCUUCGAGCGAACGGUAAUGAUGUUGAGGGACAUUUUCUAAGUACGUGU